CCCAAAUGGCACAUUGAGUGAAGGUUUUAUAGCUCUUGGACGUUGAGUGGCAUAUUGCUAAGAUCCUCAGCACGCCGGCUCUAUCUGUCAAAUCUCGAACAGCUGAACUUAUCAUUUCUGUCUGCCCGUGUAGUCCGUUCUACGGUCCGAUCCUCCUGGCUGGUUUCAGCGCGGAAUCACGUGGAACUCCCCCUGCACCGUGUGGAGUAUGAUGCCUGGGCUCUGAGUUGAGUGGGAGCCGCGGCUCUGUAUGCAUUGUGCUGGAAGCUGUGAUACGUCGGCUCUCAUCUGCUAGCCUAACCGUAAGGCGUAGGCCGAGGCAUGUCGUGCCCAUGAAGUGUGGGAGGACUUGGAUUGCCCGCCGACCAGCUUAAAACUCGUGUUGUGCCUCAGUGAACGAAUUCCGUGCAAUCUCAGUUUGUGCUGUGGUAUGGACAGCCGAAUGUUGCAUCCAGUCACCUCUGUGGGAAUGGGGCUGCCUCAACCUUACGGCAUGCAGCCCAUGGAUGGCAGUCACGGCGCUCCGACACCGGAGCCCGAUGGACAGAAGCAUGACAUCAAUGAAAUCCUCCAACAGAUCAUGAACAUUACUGACCAAAGCUUGGAUGAAGCCCAGGCCAGGAGCGUUUUUGUCGGCUUUUUGCCCUGGCCUGAUCACGAAUUCGAAUCGGAUUCUGUUGUGAGGCAGGAGACCUUCGAAGCUGCUUAUUCUUCUAGCCCUCAGAAAACGACGGGAAAUAACGCCAUUGAUAUCUUGCUUCCCGAUCUGAGCGAGGGCAUGGAGAAGAGCCUUGAGAUGGCCAGAAUCCAUCUCUGCGUGAAGUCCACGACCACAAGGAAGCACACCUUGAACUGCCAUCGAAUGAAGCCUGCCUUAUUCAAUGUUCUCUGUGAGAUCAAAGAGAAAACUGUGCAUCUGCCGAACGGGUACACGUGGAUGUCCCCUUUUACUCGAACCACUGUCCCUUGCAAGCAAGCAAGCCCUUCAUCUUACUCUGGAGAGCCCUGUUCCUUUGACACGGCUCCUCCUGAGACGUAA